UUUACGCUAGCGAAAGGGUCUCGACGUAGCGCAGUCGUCGUAUACCGUCUCGUUUUCACCUAGUGCAGCAACAGGUGACGGAGCCGUCGACGCGUGGUCGCCAGAGAGUUCUAUUUCAGUGAUAUACCGGGUCCGGUGCGUUCCUGAGACGUCCGCUCGUCUCGUACACACAGUAGUGGUGCCCCACGUUGUUCUGUGUGCGUUGUGGUUGUGUGAUGUGAUAGUGCCCAAUCCCCCCGAUGUCUCCCUACAGCCGAUACAGGCCCUUGCCCGGCUCCGACGGGCUGUCGGUUCUGCAGACGCCCCCGGCUUGCAAGCAGUCUCCGCAGGCCUCUGCGUGCCGGUUUUUGCGCUGGAUCUCCAAGCUCGGACCGCAGUCGGUCAACAAACAAACUGUUACUAUAGGGGUCUUGGAUAUGACCGCAACGGAGAACACCAUCCGAUUCAGUGUCCAUACACUGGACAAGGCCACCAAAGCAAAGGUGACCUUGGAGAAUUAUUACACUAAUCUUAUUGCCCAGCAUUUGGAGCGAAAACAGAGAUUGGCGAAGCUAGAAGAAACCCUCAAAGAUGAGAACCUAUCCGAGGACCAGAGGCGGGAGAAGCGCACUGCCCACGCCAUAAAAGAAACCGAAUUCUUGAGGCUGAAGAGGAGUAGGCUGGGCGUGGAGGACUUCGAGCCCCUCAAGGUCAUCGGCAGAGGCGCCUUCGGAGAAGUGCGCCUGGUCCAGAAGAAGGAUACGGGACACGUAUACGCUAUGAAGAUCCUGCGUAGGGCCGAUAUGUUGGAAAAGGAGCAGGUGGCGCAUGUCGGAGCCGAAAGAGAUGUUCUAGUCGAGGCUGAUCACCAAUGGGUGGUAAAAAUGUAUUAUAGUUUUCAAGAUCCUAUCAAUCUAUACCUGAUCAUGGAAUUUCUCCCUGGGGGAGACAUGAUGACACUCUUGAUGAAAAAGGAUACCCUCAGCGAGGAAUGUACACAGUUCUACAUAACGGAGACCGCCUUGGCCAUCGAUUCUAUACACAAGCUUGGUUUCAUCCACAGAGAUAUCAAGCCAGAUAAUCUGCUCUUAGAUGCUAAGGGCCAUCUUAAGCUAUCAGAUUUCGGUCUGUGCACUGGAUUGAAGAAGAGCCACCGAACAGAUUUCUAUAGGGACCUGAGCCAAGCCAAGCCAUCGGAUUUUAGUAAGUUCAUUAUCUCAUCGAGUCCAAUGGAUAGCAAGAGGCGAGCUGAAAGUUGGAAGAAAAACCGUCGGGCACUGGCUUAUGGUACUGUUGGAACUCCCGAUUACAUUGCACCAGAAGUGUUCUUACAGACGGGUUACGGUCCGGCCUGCGAUUGGUGGUCGUUAGGUGUCAUAAUGUACGAAAUGUUGAUCGGGUAUCCACCUUUCUGCUCGGAAAAUCCACAGGAUACUUAUCGGAAGGUGAUGAACUGGAGAGACACUCUAGUUUUUCCUGCUGAAGUGCCCAUCUCUGAAGAGGCCAAAGAAACUAUUGUCAAAUUCUGUUGUGAAUCAGACAGAAGAUUAGGAUCUCAAAAAGGAAUGGAUGAUUUGAAGAUAAUUCCAUUCUUCCGUGGUGUAGACUGGGAACAUAUUAGGGAGAGACCUGCUGCUAUACCUGUCGAAGUUCGAUCCAUAGAUGACACUAGCAAUUUCGACGAUUUUCCAGAUGUCAAACUGGAAAUUCCUUCAGCACCUAUGCCUUCAGAAAAUGACAACUAUAAAGACUGGGUUUUCAUCAACUACACAUUCAAAAGGUUUGAGGGUUUAACGCGGCGGGGCACACCUAAGAAGUAAACUUCUUUGUGCAGUUGGAUGCAGUUUGUUCCUUGAGAGUCACUUGGACUCUUCUGAUUAAUCCCUUGUCUUCAGAAAAAGAAAGAUUAGUCAUGUGCUCUGAAGACAAGUGGGAUCAGUUAUAUUUAUGUGAAUAGGUCCGAGACAUUUUUGCACCUUUUGCUUAGGAGCUGUGAAGCGCUGCGUUGGGCUUCGUUUGACAUAAAAUGUAAUGGAGAAUUUGAGUUUUGUGAAAGAAGUAGAGGCUCACUCAUUUUUAUUCUCAUGUAUAUUUUUGAUAAGACCUCAUUUCGAAUGUGGAUUUUCUGUAGAAAUAUUUUAUUUUACAAAUUCCAUAAAUAAAGUCUUUGACUGCUCUUCGGGAGUAUAAAAAGACAAAUAUUUCAAUAUUGAGUUUCUAUCAAAUUGAAGAAACCAAUAAAAUUUAAAUUUUCUUGCUUAUAAGUGUCAUAAUGUGCUUAUCAAAAAAGUGAAAGUGAAUAUUUUAUCUUCGUUCUAUAGAAUAAUAUUGCUCCCGUCGUUAGUUGCGGUGUAUAGCAUCUUUUUCGGAAUAAACUAUUGAAUAUUACUAAUUUUUAUCUAUUUGGUAUCAGAUUUGUAGAAAUCAUUAAAUGUUUUUGCAUGGACUUGUGGAUCAUGUCGAACGUAGCACAACAAUUUGUGUAUAUGUUAAUUUUUUUGUUUUUGUUACAAAGUGAUACUAUAUUUCUAUUGUUUUUAACUUAUAAAUUGUGUAAAAUGAUGAAGAUGAUGUGUCUUGAUUUUUUAUCGAGAAGUAUUUUUUGUAAUAGUUACAAGUGGAUUGCUGUCUCCUGCCCUCUUUCUGUCAGUGAGAUUAACAGGUGGAAAUGAUUUGAAACCGUGACAUUCGUUCAGUUGGCGUGACUGAAC